AUCUACAACAGGACAACAACCAUUAUUUUGGUCACGCCGAUCUCUAGACCCGACGAGAGUUCUGCAAAGAGCACAUCCACCUCGCCGGGACCGGAUUUUCGAUUUUUGGAAAAACAAAACCUACUUCACAAUGGCGAUACCUAUCAUGGGGAAUACAAAACCCCAGGAAUACACGGUCAAUGUCUCACGACAGCCCCUUGGCUUCUCUCGAUUGGACCUUGAGGCUUCAGACUCUGCGACAACAAUCUCAGACGCUUGUGUGUUCCCACCACCGGUUCAUAGUCUCACGACAUUUGGAAAUAGGGGUCAGUAAUUAUAACUUAUCAAUACAGGACCGGGGUGGACACUGGCUAGAGACGACGGCGCGGAGACUUUUUCUCUACUACUUGGAACAACAGCAUCAUUAUCAUCCUCCCACUCGAAACUUCAGUCGAGACAUUCAUAUACCCCAUUCUUAUCAACGCUCACGCUCCCCUCGAGGGAAGACCUUUCCGCUCACGCGAAACACCGCAAAAUUCCCCACGCGCCACAUCGAUUCAAGCCUGGUUUUCUAUAGCCAUCUUUUCCUUAUUCUAUUUUUGUUUCGCUUCAUGUCCAUUUCUCUUCAUAGCUUCCCCGAGCGCGAAAUUUUCAAUCAUUCCACCAUUUCAGUACUGUAUUAUCCUAGUCUUCUCUUUCACACUCUCUGCAUCUGUGAGGCAACAAGGAUAGGAAGUAAGGGACGGUUUCCGGUUGGUUGAUGGCCGGUCAGCCAGGCACGGUAUCUACAAGGGACGGUUGUCACGGAAAGGGGGUGGGGGGCAAGGCUAUGGGCCACGCGCGGGUUAUCGUAAUUGA